CUUAAGUUGGAUCAGUGGUCAUCAGGAAUGGAAACGUAGCACAAUAUUAGUCUUACCAGCUAUAUUAGUCAACGGAGGUCCUAAAGGAAGACUUGGGACACUAACUAAAUCGUUUGUGAUCUUUACUGACAAAAUAUCGUUUCGCUAUGUACAAGUCCCUGUAUGCCUUUCGCUCAUCGGAGCCCAACUCUCUCCACUUCGCGGCCGGGGAAAGCUUCUUGAUCUUGGAACGCAGCAACAAACACUGGUGGCUUGGAUCUCGGUGCAGCUCCGGAGAGACCGGUUAUAUACCAUCUUCUUACAUCGAGAAAGUCCAGGCUCCGGAGCAGGAUGAGGUGCUGCAGUCCAUUGACAGAGCCAUAGAGGGCAUCCACAACGUGGCCAUGAAGAACGGAGGCAAAUACAACCUAGAGCAGCGGGACGUGCUCCAGAAGUUGAUCCACCACAGAAAGGAGAUCCUGUCCCGUCGGAGCCCUACACCCUCCGGCCACAAGCAGGCGCUACCAUCCUCCACCAGCGACCUGUCCCUCAGCCACACACCCCCACCGCCCAAUGGCCUCAGCCGACCAUACGGACGGCAGGCCAGCGAGCCAAUGACGGAGCCAGCAGAGCCAGGAUUCUACCAGGUACCGCCUCAACCUCGCAGAGCAGCACCUGUUACCCCUCCCCCACCCGAGAAACGCAGAGAAACCCGACGCACAGAGCCUGACUCCAUCUCCCGGGUGUCUGCCUCAGGCCCUGGUGGUCCCUCCUCCUCCUCCUCCACCUCUAAGCCCCCCUCAUCCAGAGGAGUCUCCCCCAGCAGCAGCAUUGCCUCUCUGGACUCCACCUCCACUCACUCGGUGGUGUCCUCCGACAUCAGCCUGCCCAGCGUGGCCAGCACUCCUCCUCCAGUCCCCACUCGUGCCAAGGCACCCCCACCCCCAGUGGAGCAGCCUCAAGCUCAGCCAUCACCACCUCAGCCCCCCCAGGCCGAGAAGAGACCCAGCCCAUCCCCAUCACCCUCCACACUGCCCUCCGCUGCCCCCUCCAAGAAAGGCCCAGCCCCCCCGGCCCCCUCCUCCCCCUCCUCCCCUCCUCCACUUCCUGCUCCCGCGGCUCCAGUUACCAAUCAGGAGUCUUUAGAGGUGGAGUGGCCCGUGGCCCCGCCCCCUGUGUCCUUCGGCACCCCACCAGGAAGUCCUACCAAGAAGGAGGAGGUUCCCGCGACGACAGGGGCGGAGCUGAUCGAGCUGGUGCGGAAGAGCACGGGGCUGAGCUACGAGCUGUCGCGCGUUGCCGUGGCAGUGGUGCUGGGCCAUCUGCAGACCAGCGUACCACAGACCGCCUCCGCCAUGGAGCAGGUCCUCCUCUCAUUGGUCGAGAGCAAGGACCUGGGCUCAGCGUUGCCGCAGGGGCAGGUGUGUCACGAUGAGAAGCGCCUGGGCGUGAUCUUUGGGGACCUGGCGCGUCACCGUGACGACUCGCAGCAGCGGAGCUGGGCUCUGCACGAGGACCACGCGGUCAUCGCAGGGUACCUGGAGGAACUGCUACAGAUACUGACGGACGCUGACCCUGAGGUGUGCAAGAGGAUGUGUAAGGACAACCACUCAGAGCCCAUCCUGUCUCUGGUCUCCUACUACCAGAUGGAGCAUCGUGUGUCUCUGCGGCUGCUGCUUCUGAAGGUGUUUGGUGCCGUUUGUGGGCUAGACGCCGCUCUCAUCUCCACUCUGCUCAACUCCAUACUACCCAUGGAGCUCGCUAGAGACAUGCAGACAGACACACAGGAAAACCAGAAGAUGUGCUACACAGCGCUGGUGCUCUCCAUGAUCUUCUGCAUGGGAGAACAGGUGCCGUACCAUCACUAUGAGCAUCUGAACGGUGACUUUGUGCAGUUCCUGCUCGACGUGAUCGAAGACGGUCUGCCCUCUGACCCCACGGAACAGCUGUCUGACCUCUUCAUCAACCUAAUACUGGCCUUCAACCUGCAUCUCUCAGUGCCAGCUAACAACAUGGUGAUGACGACCCUGAUCAAGAAGCCAAAUGUCAAGAUACUGACAGAGAAAAUACUCCUGCUGCUGAACCGCGGGGAUGACCCUGUGUGUAUGUUUAAGCACGAGCCCGCGGCUCCCCAUUCGGUCCUGAAGUUCCUGCAAGACGUCUUCGCCAAUCAGGACUCCGCCCACAUCUUCUACCGGACGGACAUGAUGGUUAUGAUCGACAUCUGCGUACGGCAAAUAUCAGACCUGUCAGCCGGAGACAAGCUGCGUAUGGAGUACCUGUCCCUGAUGCACGCCGUCAUGCGCUCCACUGACUACCUGGAGCACCUGCAUCGCCUGGACGAUCUGCAGGGGGCGCUGCAGAGGAUUCUGGGAGAGGAGGAUGAUGACGAGGGCGACUCGGGCGCGGGGUCCGGCUCGGGCGCGGGCUCGGUGCGGCAGAUGGACAAGCUGAUCGUCAAGGAGAUCUACAGGGAGUUUCCCCAGAUCGCAGAGAGCAAGAGCUGAGUCGAGCUGAGCUGCACUUAGACCUCCAGGACACCUGGGGGGGCUACAGGCUGGAGGUGUAGACAUAUUAAUACAUACCAACUGGAGGCUGGAGGCUGGAGGCAUAGACAUGUAUACAUACAGUAGAUGGAGCUACAGGCUGGAGGCAUAGAUAUACAGCUCGUGCAUACACAGAUGCUGCUAGAAGCCAGAGGCGUUGCUAUGUAUGUAUACAGUAGAUGUCACAUUGUUGCUUCCGCCCACUACAGCUGUGUAUUCACACGGCCCCCGUCUUAAAACAAUACAGCCUACUCUCACAGUACUCAAUACAGCAUACUCCUACACUGCAUUACUUUAGUGUAGACACGGAUUGCAUUUCUGUCCACUGACAAUACAGCUUCUAUGUGUAGUAUAUGCAUCUAUGUAUAGUACAUGUCUAUGACUGGAAAGCUGAUGAAACUGCAGUCUGUUUUCCACGCACACACACACACACACACACACCACACACAUGAAAAUGAACAAGUGGGUACAAUGCAGGCUUUCACUCUGAGUUCAAUUGAUCUUGUGCUUGCCAGACAAAAAGGUACACAAUUUGGCCCAUUUUGAUCUAUCGACAGGAGUGCCAAUGACCAUGGAUAAAAUGUGGCCCACAAAAACUAAACAAAAAAGAUCAAACCAAAAAAAGUUGGUAGCCUAACGUGUUCUGAUCCAUUUUUGCUUGAUUAGCACCAAAAAUUAUAAAUAAACUACGUCAUCAAUCUCAAAGUUCAAAAUGAAUCUCCUAAAUUGAAAUGUGAAAGACAACAUGUAAUCAUGUCAUUGUGAUGGGAUGAGUGUGGGAUUGAGUGAUCUGAAGACUACACUCUCAAAUUACAAAAAUACAUUAGAGGGUUUAUUAUUAUUAGCUGUGGGUUGGUUAUUAAUAUCUGUAAGUGGGUGUGUUGUGCGCCAGAUGUGGACGUUGUGCCAAAUAUGGGGACGAUGGCCGCAUCUGAAGUGCUCACUAGUUCAGUCACUGCAUAGGGCUACACAUACUGGGUUGCAUUGGUUUGUCCCUUAUAUGAUACUCUAUGCUGGGCACGAGUGGACAUUUUGGACGCGCCCUCAGACUGCAGUUUCUCUGCUUCCUCUUCCUCCUGCCUCCAGCAGCUGUAUGGGCAAACGCCUCUGAGCUGUGCUUGUAAUGUAACAGUCUUUUGGUUCAAAUGCCAUUGCCAUUGGCUGUGCUUCUAAUAUACAGUCCUUGCAACUUAAAACAGAAACGCCACUGACUUUGCCUCUAACUUAAGCCUUUUGGUCAAACGCAAACACCAUUGACUGUGCUUAACAUACAGUCAUUGACUGCUUCUGAUAUACUACAGUAAUUGUUUCAAAUACAAACCUUGUGCUUACACAGAAACAAACAUGGGACUUUAGGGCAAACGCAAACGCCAUUGACUGUGCAGUCAUUGGUUCAAAUGCAAACAUCUCUGAAUGCUUCUGAUAUACUACAGUCAUUGUUUCAAAUACAAACCUUGUGCUUAUACAGAAAAUAGACGUAACUGGCUCUACUUGUAUAGUCUUGAAAUUAAAUGCAAACGCCACUGACUUAGCUUCUAAUAUGCAGUGCUUGAUUCAAACACAAAUGAGUCCGUCUUUUGGUCAAAGGCAGGCACCAUUGACUGUGCUUACGUAUGCAGUUUUUGGUUCAAACGCCAGUCUGUGCUUCUGAUAGAAAAGUCUUUAUGCUAACGUCACUAACUCUGCUUAUACGUCGUUAAUUCAAACACUACUGUCUAUGCUUCCUCUGCCCCCUAUCAGUAGUUUCAGCUCUCUUUGCAGCUCCAUUUUCAACGCAGGUGUUAAAUGCAGUGCAGUCAGCAUGCCUGCACAAAGCACUGUCUACACACACACACAAACACACACACACACACACACACACACACACACACACACACACACACACACACACACACACACACACACACACACACACACACACACACACACACACACACACACACCACAGCUGUCUGUUGUAUUGUGUUGAAAUGGCUCCCGUGGCAACCCUGUGUUCCUGAUCUACAGCUAUGACUUGCUGCCACUUGCUAAG